AUGGCGCAGAUACCGGUCCAGACGAUCCCUAGGGAUCCUCAGUUAUUCUACUGGAUUCUGUUUCCUAUUACGCUUGUCAUGAUCCUCACCGGCGUCCUCCGGCACUACGCGACCGUCUUGAUGGCAUCUACACCUAAGAAGGUUGAUCAGAAAGCAAUGCGUGAGCAGCGAGCUCUCCUUCGUGGUGUCAACUUGCGCAGCAACCACUUCGUGCUGUCCAAGUCCAGUUUCACGUCCCGGCGCGACGCGUUGAUAACGGCAUUUGAGUCUGGGGCAUUCCUCAAGGACCCUGAGAACCGCAACCAGCCGCCACCGAAUCCGCUGACGGACCCCAACGCCAUGGACGGGCUAAUGGGAAUGAUGAAGAACCAAAUGGCCAUGAUCAUUCCAAACUCUUUGAUCAUGAGCUGGAUCAAUGCUUUUUUCAGUGGAUAUGUUAUUAUGAAACUGCCAUUUCCCUUGACUAUCAAGUUCAAGAGCAUGCUCCAGGCUGGUGUGGCUACAAAGGAUAUGGAUCCACGGUGGAUGUCCAGCAUCAGUUGGUACUUCCUUUGCAUUUUUGGCCUGCAGCCUGUCUUCAACUUUAUACUUGGCAGUGACAAUGCUGCCAAUCAGCUGGCUCAACAAAUGGCUGUUGCUCCGCAACCAGCUCAACUUUUUGGUCCUGGAGUAGACCCCAACAAGCAAUUCCUCGCUGAGGCUGAGAAUCUUGCUGUUGUCGAGCAUCACUCGGUCCUGGACGGUGUGGAGAAGCGACUUAUUGAGGGUAUUAAGUUGUAA